CAGCCCCCCAGUUGUGGCUGGGGCUGAGUUUGGGGUACCAGGGAGGGAUCUCUGUGUGAUUCCCACCCCCCCGCAGGACAAUGUCCGGGACAAGCUGCACCCCAUCGUGCUCUCCAUGAACUACUCGCUGCUGGAGAGGCCCAGAACGUUCCAGCUGGGCCCCCACUCCCUGGACGCCUUCCCCGUCCUCAACCAGGACCAGUCCCAUGAGAACGAGACCAAGAUUGAGUUCCAGAAGGAAUGUGGAUCUGACAACCAGUGCUACAGCAACCUCCAGCUCCGGAGCAGCUUCGUCACCGAACAGAACCAGGCGCUGCCCAGGGUGAACGGGACCCAGGUGCUGCAGUACAGCCGGGACGUGCGGAAGCUGCACCUGAGCAUCAACAUCACCAACGUCCCCAGCACGCCUUGGAACGGCGAGGACGCCCACGAGGCGCUGCUCAACGUCACCGUGCCCCCCAGCCUGCUGCCCUCCUCCGUCCGCCCGAGCGGAGCCUGCACCUUUGGGGAGACGGUGCUGUGCGAGCUGGGAAACCCCUUCAAGAGGAACCAAAGGGCAGAGCUGACCAUCACCUUCGAGGCCAUCGGGAUCAUGCUGGACACGCGGGAGAUCGCGGUGUGGCUGGACCUGUCCACGUGAGUGCGGGGUGGGAUGAGGGGGGGUGGUCCUG